AUGCGAGGUUUACCAGACGCCGAAGCAUCUAGCAGCAGGCCCACGUCUGCGCAGGUCUCACAACUGCACAAUGGACACGCCAGAAAGCUAUCAAUAAACCACCAUCAGCAGGACCAUGAGUACCCUAGGAAACCAUCUAUGCAAGACAUGAGUCCCGAGCAAGGUGGAAUGGUAGACAGCUUUAAGAAAUAUGCGGCACUAAUUCAGGCCGCCCGUCGGCCUCUGCCUACUGAGACCGGAGACGGGAGCUACAUCAAAGACGAUUCAGAACAUGGUAGCAUUUGGGAAGAUUUGCGCGCUCUGAAACUUCAAGACGUCAAUACCUUGAAGAAUGUGGUUGAGAACAAAGCCAGCGGACAGGUUGUCGACGACAAAACAAUGCUCAUGGAACGGGUCAUCCAGUUGGUAGCUAAACUACCGACUGACUCUAAUACACGGGUUAAGCUUACUCACAUGUUUCUGGGUGAACUCUGGAACUCACUGCCUCAUCCUCCCUUGUCGUACGUCGGUGACCAAUAUGCCUACCGUUCAGCCGAUGGCUCAUAUAACAAUCCUGCCAUGCCUUGGCUGGGUGCUGCAAAUACGGAAUAUGCCCGGACUAUCGAGCCGUCAAAGGUCAGACCAGCCAGCUUCCCUGACCCUGGGUUAAUCUUUGAUAGUCUCUUUGCGCGAGACACAUUCAAGCCGCAUCCGAACAAAGUCUCGAGCAUUUUCUUCACUUGGGCGUCGUUGAUAAUUCACGAUAUUUUCCAAACUGGUUAUCCUAAUCAAAACAUAAACAAGACCUCCUCGUAUCUAGAUUUGUCUAUUUUGUAUGGUGACAACCAAGACGAGCAAAACAUGAUGCGAACAUUUAAAGAUGGGAAGAUUAAGCCAGACUGUUUCUCCGAGCCACGUCUGCUCGCCCUACCAGCGGCUUCCGGCGUGAUUUUAGUCAUGCUGAACCGAUUCCAUAAUUAUGUAGUGGAGCAGCUUGCUACUAUCAACGAGAAUGGUCGAUUUACCCAGCCGCCAGACGACAUCCUCGACCCAGUUGAAGCCCGAGCCGCCUGGGAUAAGUACGACAAUGACCUCUUCCAAACAGGGCGUCUUGUCACUUGUGGCCUGUACAUAAAUAUUACGCUUUAUGACUACCUACGAACAAUUAUCAAUCUCAACCGUACAGACAGUACAUGGAGCCUGGAUCCACGCGAGCACACAGAACACGACAGAGUUCCCAUGGCCCUUGGGAACCAGUGUUCGGUGGAAUUCGACCUCGCCUAUCGUUGGCACUCGACAAUUAGUCGCAAAGACGAAGCAUGGACAGAAAAGGCAUAUCAAGCAAUUGUUGGCAAGCCUGGUGAGACCGCCACCUUGGAGGACCUGAUGGGAGGCAUGAGGAGGUUUGCAAUGGAUCUGCCCAAAGAUCCCUCCAAGCGCGAAUUCGCCUCCCUGAAGCGACAGGCCAAUGGUAAGUUUAGAGACGAAGACCUAGUGGAUAUCUUGACCCGGGCCAUUGAAGAGGUAUCGGGUUCAUUUGGGGCUCGCAAUGUUCCCAAAGUCUUGCGAUCGGUGGAAAUCCUUGGCAUAGAGCAGGCACGCAAGUGGAACGUUGGGUCACUGAAUGAGUUCCGUAAGUUCUUUGACUUGAAGCCGUACCAGAGCUUCGAGGAAAUCAAUUCCGAUCCGGAAGUGGCCGAUCAGUUACGACAUCUUUAUGAGCACCCAGAUUAUGUGGAGCUCUAUCCUGGGAUCGUGGCUGAGGAGCCUAAGGAACCUAUGAUCCCUGGUGUUGGCAUUGCACCUGGCUAUACUGUCUCCCGGGCCGUCCUGUCCGACGCAGUCGCCUUGGUUAGGGGUGAUCGAUUUUACACGAAAGACUAUAAUGCACGAAACCUGACGAACUGGGGCUUCACCGAGACGCAUUAUGAAUUGGACACCAACCAAGGUUGCGUAUUCUAUAAGCUGGCCUUGCGAGCAUUUCCACAAUGGUUUAAACAGGAUUCUAUCUACGUGCACUACCCCAUGACAGUACCAAGUGAAAAUCGUACGAUUAUGAGAGCCCUCGGACGUGAGGAGGAUUACUCCUGGGAUCGACCAGCAUAUAUCCCCCCUCGCACGGAGAUUUUUGACUACGCAAAUGUCCGCCGCAUUCUUGAGGAUUCAUCAAAUUUCCGUGUGACCUGGGGUGAGGCGACAGGUUAUGUAUUUGGAAAAGGCGGAUGGGAUUUCAUGUUGUCGGGUGAUUCCCCUUUCCAUGCGAACCAGCGUCAAACUAUGGCGCAGUCCUUGUAUCGGUCCCAAUGGCACGAAGCUGUCAAGGAGUUCUAUCUCGAAAUCACCGAGCAGCUGGUCGCGGAGAAGUCAUGCAGGGUGGGUAACGUCAACCAGGUCGAUAUUAGUCGAGACGUUGGGAAUCUAGCCCACGUCCAUUUCGCAGCCAACGUCUUCUCACUGCCUCUCAAGAGCAAGGACCAUCCCCACGGAAUCCUCACAGAGCACGAAAUGUACCUAAUCAUGGCAGCGAUUUUUACCGCAAUCUUCUUCGACGUAGAUCCCUCGAAGUCAUUCCCCCUCCGCCACAAGGCUCGCGAAGCGGCACAAAAGCUUGGCCCAAUUGUCGAGGCAAAUGUCAAAGCUGUGGGCUCUUCCAGUUUCCUGUCCUCACUAGUCGAUGGCGUCCGCGUUAAUCGAAAUGCACUUUCGGAUUACGGGGUUCACAUGGUUAGGAGACUACUGGAAAGUGGUCUGGACCCCUAUGAAGUUACCUGGUCCCAGAUCCUCCCGACAGCCGUGGCGAUGGUGCCCAAUCAAGCCCAGGUAUUCACUCAGAUCAUGGAUUACUACCUCUCGGACAAGGGCAAGAAGCAUCUUCCCAACAUCAACCAACUCGCUAAGGAUGACUCCCCUGAGGCGGAUGAGAUGCUUCUCCGCUACGUUAUGGAGGCCAUUCGCCUGAACGGCAUUUUUGGCUCGUACAGGAAAUCCCAGACCUAUCUCACUCUCGACGACAAGAACCACAUGGUUCAAAUUAAACCUGGCGAUACCGUGUUCGUCAGCUUUGUCGACGCCAACCGCGACCCAAAGGUUUUCCCAAACCCGGAUGAAGUUGACCUCAACCGUCCCAUGGAGUCAUAUAUCCACUACGGUGUCGGUCCACAUACAUGCCUAGGCGGCGAAGCGAGUAAGGUUGCUUUGACGGCGAUGUUACGUGUCGUUGGCCGAUUAGACAACCUCCGUCGUGCCCCUGGAGGACAGGGAGAAUUGAAGAAGAUCCCGCGGCCAAAUAAGUUCUACAGCUAUAUGCGUGAAGAUGAGACCAGUUUCUGGCCAUUCCCUAUGACUUGGAAGGUUCACUAUGAUGGUAAGAUUCCAGGAACAGAGUUGUUGGUGCCUGAACAUGUUGUGUGUAAUGUUCCUGGACAUUGGCAGAGUUGA